AUGGGCUACGCAUCGGCGACAGUCCCGUCUGCAAGUCAGUGGGGAUCCCCUAUUGCAAGCAAGAGAGCACUCCUUAUACAUGGGUUAAAUUCGUCUUCGCACACGUUCCACCAUGUUGCAUCGAUGCUUGCAGCCAAAGGUGGAUCUUCCGCGUUUGUAUUUUUACAGCGCUUAUCGACGUGUGAUAAUAUCAUAGGAUACUUGGUCGUUGCUCCUAACCUUCUUGGACAUGCUCUCAGGAUGCCUGGAGUCGACUUUCGAGUCCAGACAUUGGCUGACGACCUCUUGCCCUACCUUCAGGCUGCUGAGUAUGACAUAGUCAUUGGCCACUCAAUGGGUGGGGCCGUGGUAUUAUCGCUUCUCAAGUACCUGCCCAGGACCAGGCCUACCUCAGUAGUUCUCGUCGAUUCAUCUGUGGAGUUGACUGCAGACCAGAUGACGGUUCGGAGGGCCAAGGUUUAUAACGAUGUCCGAGUCAAACCUAACCCCACAGUAGAAGAUUAUAUGGCAUCGAAUCUUCUAUGGAUGAGAGAGGAUGCCAUUUGGAGAUCGUUGGGGACCCAGAUCGCCAGAGCAACCAACUACGAUGAUCAUAUGGAUGGCAACGUACCAUGGUCGUUCUCGCAUUUGUUCGCAGACAGGCCUUCGGCUGCCGCGUUGACGGUUUUGAUCGCGGAUCCGCGAUCUAAUGGUGCUUCGAAGCUGGAGACUGUUGCGAAAUUCAAGGAUGUCAGAGCAGUGAUUGUUCCAAAUACCUCGCACUGGAUACAGUAUGAAUUCCCGGAAGUGAUUGUGGAAGAGGCGCUGAGAAAUGUCGAAGGGUAA